AGGGGGGUCAGGCCGGAGUUUUGAAAAAAUUAUUACAGUAAUUGAAUUUAUCUGGGGAGACCUUCGAAGAAAUUCUGAUCGGAGCGAACCUACUCCAGUGAUCAAUAAUUCAUCAAGUUAUUUAUCAAGCUUUCACACAAAGUAUGAGAGAUCAUGGGGCUCACCAAACCUAUUCUUCGUGCGACGAGGAUAGUCAUCAGUUUGGAAAAUUCUCUGAAGUGGCAUUCGGGAACGACCCUCGAUUUUGCUUCAGGGCCACUGAAAAUCCAGAAAAAAGUCCAACCAACGGUGCCAAUCCCGAGUACGCAAACAUCCCAUUGCCCAAGACUAUGAGUAACUGUCCCCAAGAUAUUCAGCCAGUGAAAAAGUCGGCUUUGCAAUCUGCCGGACGCAUCCACAACAGAACGAACAACCCCGAUGCGAAUAGCGAAAGAUCCGAAUGUGUUUGGGAACCACUAGUCCAUACGAAACCAAACGGCAACGAGAACAAUAUUGUAGCUCAGAAUAAUUUCUUGGCGUUAGGAAACAGCUUCGAUUACGGAGCCGAGUCAACCUUGGUGGAUAGAAGUAUCUUUGACAAUUUGCGAAGGAUAUCUGGAUCCAGUGCACACAAAAACAUUCCGAGAUUCGUGGAUGGUACUCGUGUUAGCACAACGGAAUACUCGAGGACAAGCACUGACAUGAGGAAAAACAAGAACCAACACCACAAGCCUCCCGACAUGGAUAUUGAGCAGAUUACGGAAAAAUUUUCAAAGGUUUGGAUAAGGCUACUGAAUAUGGGCCGUAUCCACGAGUAUAAAAACGACAAUAUGGUGAAGACACCCGCCCUACUAAAACCAAGCACGGUCCAGGUCCAGGCCGAAACGAUCGAGGCCGAAAAGGUUCAGGCGAAAGAAAAAUUCGAAAUGAGCGCCGACGAGCGAGAGGCUAUCGCUAAUGAGAUUCACGGCGUCGACAAUUGCGCUGUGGCAGAGAAUCCUUCCAUGAUUGCAGCAAGCUUGUUGGCGCUAAGGGAGGAGAUCGACCAUCACCUCCACGAGGACCUAUUAGACAAUCCCCGUAGCAACCAAAAUCGCAAAGGGAUGCCUUCCGCAAUCUUUUCCAAGAAGGCUUACCAACUGGGCCUCCACCUAAACAGUGAGUACAUUCAAUCGGAUAGCUUUCGGCUGUGCUUUCUGAGAAAGGCUCUAUUCCACAUCGAGGAUGCCGCAAUCCAGUUCUUUCGGUAUCUCGACGUUAUCUACGACAUGUUCGGGCAGGUCGCCCUGAUGCGGCCCCUCUACCUGACAGAUCUCACCGAGCGUGAGCUCAGGUACCUGAAUCGUGGCCAGCAGCAGCUCUUUCCAUCCCGAGACCGGGCCGGUCGGCGCAUAAUUGCCUUCCUAGGGUGCAACAACACGGAGUACACGCUUCGCGAAAAGUACCGGGUCCGCACUUACCUUGAAAGCGUGAUGGCCCAGGACGAGACGACACAAAAACUGGGUUACGUCUCCAUCGGGGUGAUCCAGCGAUCCGGCAAGGUCGAUUUAGGGGGGGAAAGGAACCCCAAAUUUUUUCAACGGUGCAACAAGGCCUGUCCGGUCCGGUGUUCCGCGCUUCACAUCUGCUUCCCGAACGGCCACUUUGCCUAUUAUUUCAUUCAGAUCGCCGUCAUUUUGUUUUGCGACCGAAAGAUGCGGUCCCUUCUCCGAUGCCACAGGGGAUCGACGCUCGAAACCACCUGCAGCCUCAGCGGCUACGGUAUCCCAUCCGGAGACAUUCCGAUAACGUCCGGCGGCAAAGUCAAGACGAAAAAUGUCACCAGCUUUGUCAAGGCCAGAACCGCAAUCGAGGCCGUUCAGAAGCACCAGAUCGAAACGCAUUGUCGCCAUCGACAACACCAACAACUGCUCCGCCUCGAUCAACGCAGUGCGCAGCAUCUACAAAAUGCUGCCGUCGUCGGAGCCUCUCCAAAGACCGCCGGUGGUGGGGGUUACCCGAUUCUUGUGCGUUCCCUCAUCGAUUGCCCCGAUUCUCGUUGCGUCGUCUUUGGGAACAAGGGCAUGUACGAGCACAACGGGAACCUGAGGUUCCGUCACUUUCUGAUCGACACGGAGAUGCGACGGACGACUCGGAUCAAAAACUUUGACGAGAGUGUCACGUCGAUGGUGCAAUUUGUCCGCGACAUCAUCGACGAGGCCAAGUCGGGGGAGAGCACCGGCGGUGUGUGGAGUAAGGGCGAAACCUUUCGCUUUUACAGCUACAAGAGGGAUCUGUUCCUGUACGCAGAAAUCACCGAUCCCUUGGAGCUCCAACGGAGGGUCCACCAGAUGCUGAGAGAUUCGCGGAAGCGCUCCAAGGGGGAUGAGGACUUGGGGAACAGCGCCGAAGGAUGCCCUGCUCACACUAUCAUCUACAGCAACGACAACGUCGCUAGCAUCCGUGAUUCGUCGAGCGGUGACACAACUCCUACCCCCACCGGGCUGCAACCAACACCGGGCGCGAUGGGUGUCACGAGUUUGGAUGAUUCGUGGCCAACGGAACCGAACCAAAACUCAGGCAAACGAAUAAAAACCUCCAACGCGUGACGGCACGGUGGAGCAUAGGAGCGAAAGAAGCAAUGGCCAUGGAGCGUGGCACCUUGCUCGCCAUCCAUCUUCGUGCGUGCAACGGAAGACAACGCGAGGAAAGGAAACGCUCGCGAACGCCUACCACCAGAAUCCAACACACAAACGCACGAACCCAUAGACACUCACGGAC